AUGAUUACUCGCGCUGGAAGGCAAAUAGCCAAGAGACAAAGCGUUGUUGUCCUUUCGAAAUCACAAGCGUAUUUGAUUGUUCGUGGGUUUCAAAACUGUGCCGUUCGAAGUAAUGUUUCCAAGCCGGAAUUAAAAUUGGAUUUUGAAAAGAUUUCGCAAGGAAUCGAGCGCCAGCAGCUGCAGACGCAGCAGAAGCAGCCGCAGGAUAAGCCACAGGAGCAGCAGAAACAGCAAGAGCUGGUCCUCGAAGAGACUCUUAAAAAUUUGGUUACCGAAACCUUGCAAGAAAACGAAGCAGGCGUUAUGGAAAACGAGUUUCAAGAUUACACUCCAAGCACGUUCAAAGACUUGUAUGAAAAGAAAGUCAUUUCACAGAUGCUUUACAAAGCUAUAGACAAAUGUCGGUUUACCGACUUGACUCCGAUCCAGCAACAAGCCAUCAUCCCGUUGGCUAAAACUAAAAAAGGAAUGGUGUGCCGUGCUAAAACAGGUACUGGUAAAACGCUUACAUUUUUGGUGCCAACUAUGGAGAGUGCCAUCAAAAAGAGACAAGCAAACAAGGGAAGGUGCCAUGAGGCUGACUCCAUCAUCGUGGCGCCAACUAGAGAUUUGGCUUUGCAGAUUAAACACGAGUUUGACAACGUCAUCAGGAACCUUCCCCGUGGCUCUCAGCCACAAGUUGGAGUGGUUAUAGGUGGACAACGAAACACAUUUGACCCUAGAAGACCGUGCGAGAUUGUCAUUGCCACGCCUGGUAGAUUGGAAGCUGAUCUCAGGGACCGUCAGUUCAAGAGCGUGUUUCGCAAUGUUGCAUACAGAGUCUACGAUGAAGCAGAUCGGUUGUUGGACGUUGGGUUUGAGCCGCAAUUGAACAGCAUUGAUCGUACGUUGAAAACUAUUCGCGAAGAAGAUGCUCCGCCAUUGAAAUCACUCUUGUUCAGCGCCACCGUUGAUAACUCGGUGUCGAGGUUUGCCAAUAACCAAAUUGGAAGAGACUAUGAAUUUAUAAACACCGUUGCCAAAGAUGACCCCGAGGUUCAUGAAAACGUUCACCAGACCUUAUACAACUGUACCGAUGCCGUUGACAAGUUCAAGACCUAUGUCCAUUACGUUAAUGACGUUUUCAGAAAAGACAAACGCGCCAAGGUUAUUCUCUUUUUGCCCACUCAAUCCUCCGUGGAGUGGUUUGGUGAAUAUAUGGACCAUAAUGCGGGAAUUGAGGGUUUGAAAUACUCACUCCUGACGUUGCAUGGAGGCAAAACUGCUGCGCAACGUAAGCAUGCUAUUGAGAAUUUCAAACGCCACAAUGGGUUGUUGAUCGCCACCGAUGUUGCCGCAAGAGGUCUUGACAUCAAGAAAGUCACUCACGUUUUGCAAUUGUUUCCCUCGACCGAGGUUGCCGAUUACGUCCACAAAGUCGGAAGAACUGGUCGCGCUGGCGAAAAGGGCCAUGCUGUCAUGUUUACUUCCCCCGUUGAGAAAAACUAUGUCCACAGGUUGCGCAAGGAAAGAGGCGUUGAGUUUGCCAGCGUGUACAACAGUUCCGAGCUUCCGAUCCAAAAAGACAUCUUGAAGGAUAUCAAGACCUAUUACCCAACCGAUGAGUUCUUUUUCACCUUUAUGAGCUUUUUGGGAAACUUGAAAAGCGUCCACAACUUGCACGGUGAUUCGCUCAUUGCUGACAAUAUGAAGUUGUACCGUGCUUUGGUGCAGGACCCAGAAGCCAAGUUGAAAGUCAGUGCCAUUACAAAGAUGAAAAACUCCAUCAGUAGACACAUUGCUGCCGAGUAUUUCGAGACGAGAAACUCGAGAGAUAUAGAGCAAUUCAGAGGCGGCAAUGGUUCUGGACGCGGUGCAAGAUUUGGAGGUGGCUAUGGUGGAGGCAACAGGUCGCAAAAGAGAGCUUCCUUUUCCGAUAACUAUGGCCGUGGUUCAAACAGAGGCUUCUCUCGUGGAGGAGAUCGUUACUCCGGCAGAAGCAACUUUUCAGACAGAAGAAAUUCAGACAGAGGUGGAUAUUCUGAUAGAAGAAGUUCCAGCACAAGGGACUCUUCCUACAAUGACGACAGUUAUUGA